AAAUUUAUAAGCCUCGUAAUGUUGCUAUAUGCUGGAAAAGCUUCGAUAUCUAGUUUUAAAUACUCCCUCUUUAUUGACAUAGUAAAAAAGUUAAAACAAUGAAGCCAAUCAGCAGGUAACGCUUUUAUUUUAAAAAGUGGAACCUCAGAGACUAUACGCAACAAUACUGAAAAUAUAAAAAAUAUAUCGAUUCAUGUACCUACUCAUUUAAAACCAUUAAAUGAUGAACAAUUUGGACAUUAUUUAGCUGGUUUAAUAGAUGGGGAUGGUCAUUUUGAUAAUCAACAACAUUUAGUAAUAGUAUUUAAUUCACUUGAUGUACAAUUAGCUUAUUAUAUAAAAGAAGUAAUAGGUUUUGGACAUGUGAGAAAAGUUAAAGAUAAAAACGCUUAUAUAUACGUUAUAUCUAAAAAAGAUGGUAUACUUAGAACUAUUAAUCUAAUUAAUAAUAAAUUAAGAACUAGUAAUAAAUAUAAUCAAGUUAUUACUCGUAUAUUACAAAGUCCUAAAUAUUUAAAUGAAAAUAUAGUUUUCAAUAUAAAUAAUUCAAAGGAUUUAGAUAAUCAUUGAUUAGCAGGGUUUUCUGAUGCAGAUGCUAGUUUUCAAAUUAAAAUUAUUACUAGAGAUAUUAGACCUAGACCUGAAAUUAGAUUAAAUUUUCAAAUAGAUCAAAAACAUAAUGAUUUAUUAUUAUUAAUAAAAGAAAUAUUUGGUGGUAAUAUAGGUUAUCGAAAUUGUCAAGAUACUUAUUAUUAUGGAUCAACAAGCUUUGGUUCUGCUAAAAAAGUAAUAAAAUAUUUUGAUAAUUAUCAUCUACAAUCUAGUAAACACCGUAGUUUUCUUCAAUGAAGAAAAGCGUAUAUUAUAAUACAAGAUAAUAAACAUUUAACUGAAGAAGGUUUAAAUACUAUAAAAUUAUUAAAAGAAUCGAUAAAUAAACAUUCAGUAUAA